AUGGUUUUCAUGAAGCCUGAAAGUGCUCUACGACGAGCUGAUGAAUUAAUUGAUGUUGGUAGAAAACAACGUGCUUUGGAAACACUCUUUGAAGUUAUUACAUCACGUCGUCAUCGAACAUGGACGAAAACACAUGAACCAUUAAUGGAAAAAUUUUUGGAUUUAUGUGUUGAAUUAAAAAAAAGUCAAUUGGCUAAAGAUGGUCUUCAUCAAUAUAAAACAAUUUCACAAACGGUAUCGGUUAAAUCACUUGAAGAUGUUAUCAUGAAAUUUCUCAAACAAGGUGAACAACGAUGUUUAAAUGCUCGAAAAGAAGCUACAAAUGCUCUUGUGGAUAUUGAUGAUUUAGAAGUUCUACAAACACCUGAAAGUCUUCUACUCAGUGCAGUCAGUGGUGAAUCACAACAAGAUCGUACUGAUCGUGAUAUGCUUGCACCAUGGUUAAAAUUCGUCUGGGAAUCUUAUAAACAAUGUCUAGAUUUAUUAAAAAAUAAUAAUCGUGUUGAAAAAAUCUAUCAAGAAGUUGCACGAAUGGGUUUUCGUUUUUGUCAACAAUAUAAUCGUCGACCUGAAUUUCGAAAAUUAUGUGAUACAAUUCGUACACAUUUUACACAAUCACAAAAAUAUUCACAACAACUGUAUAGUGUGAAUUUUCAAUUACCAGAAACACAAGCACUUCAUUUAGAAACACGUUUAGUUCAACUUGAUACAGCAAUUGCAAUGGAAUUAUGGCAGGAAGCUUUUAAAGCAGUUGAAGAUAUUCAUGCAUUCACAACAAUAUCGAAAAAAACACCAAGACCACAACAAUUAGCAUCUUAUUAUAAUAAAGUGGCACUCGUUUUUUGGAAAGCAGGCAAUUAUGUAUUUCAUGCAACAACUGUUCUUAAAUUAUAUGUUUUACAUAAAGAACAAAAAAAAAAUAUCACACAUGCUGAAUUAAGUCGUUUAUCAACAAAAGCUUUAUUAUCUAUACUUUCAAUUCCAUUACCAACACCACGAACACAAAUUGAUGAACAUUUAGAAACGGAUGAAACAAUUAAUGAAAAACAAAAACGUUUAACAAGUUUAUUAUCAUUACAACAAAUUCCAACACGUGCAAGUCUUAUACAUGAUAUGAUUAAACAAGGUGUUUUAAAUUUUGUUUAUCCUGAAUUAAAAAAUAUGUAUGAAUGGUUAGAAGUUGAAUUUAAUCCAUUAAAAUUAUCAGCUAAAAUGGAAGAAAGUAUUCAAUUUGUUGAAAAACUUGCUCAACCUGAAUAUUCACAAUAUAUGCCAGCAUUACGUGAUGUAACUGUUGUUCGUUUACUUCAACAAAUUUCACAAGUUUAUCAAACAAUUGAAUUAAAACGUUUUAUUGAUCUUGCACCACCUAUGGAUAAACAUCGAUUAGAAAAAAUUAUUGUUAAUGCUGCAAAAAAUAAUGAUGUUCAAGUUCGAAUUGAACAUAAAUCAAAAGCAUUAACAUUUGGUACUGAUUUAAGUGUUUCAAAUGGACAAUCAACAACAAGUGAAACUGGUCUAAAAACAAAUAUUAUUCAAAAAAUGCCAAAUGAGCAAAUACGUAAUCAACUUUUAUCAAUAUCACGUGCACUUUACGCGUCAAUGGAAAUUAUUAAUGAAAAACCUAAUAAAGAACGUAAUGAUAAAUUAAGACGAGAAAUUGCUCAAACUUAUUAUCGAGAUGAAUUAACACAACGUAAAGAAAUAUUAAAACGACGAGAACUUAUUGAACGUUAUAAAGAAGAAAAAGAAAAAGAAUCAAUAUCAAAGAUCAGACAAGCAGAAAUUGUUUCUCGACAUCAACAAGAUGAACGUGAAAAAGAAGAUAAGAGUCGUCGUGAAGCUGAUCAAAAACGUCGUCUUGCUGAAGCAGCAUUAGAACGUGAAAAAGAAGAACAUCGUUUUAAUAUGAAAAUUGCUAUUGAUAAAUUACGAGAAUCUGAAAUAGGUCGUAAAAUAAUUGAACUUAUUGGUGAAGAAGAAUUAUAUAAAUAUGAUCCUGAAUCAUUAAAUUCUUUACAUAUUGAUGCUGUUAUAAAAUAUAGUCGAGAACAAAAAGAAAAAUUAAAAGUUCAAUAUAAAAAAGUUGAUUUUCUUAUUCGUGCAUUCCAUGAAGCAGAAGUUCCUUUAAUGCAAAAACAAAAUGAAGAUGAAUUACGACAACGUUAUCAAAUUCAACUUGCUGAACGUGAACGUGCUAUUGAACGACGUGAACGUCUUAUACGUAUGGACAAUGAUAAAAAAGAUUUUCUUCAAUCAAUACGUGGACAAAGACAUGAAGAUUUUGUUUUACAUAUGCAAGCAUUUGAACAACGUUUAAAUGUAGCACGUCAACAACGUUUAGAACAAUUACGUCGUGAACAUAUUGAAAAGAAAAAACAAGAUUGGAGAAAACAAAAACAAUUAGAAAAACAACAAAAACAAAAUGAAAAACAACGAAAAAUUCAAGCUGAAAUAGAACGUCAAAAAAAUGAACGUUUAGAAAAAAUACGUGCAGAUGCUGAUGAAAGAAAUAAAAAAUUAGCUGAACAAACUAGAAAACAACGUGAACGUGAAGAAGAAAUUGAAAAAAAAUUACAAGAAGAACGAGAAGCUUCAAGAAAGACAGUAGCUGAAAAUCGUCGUUCAACUACUCAUUAUCAAGAUAAAGAUAAAACCGAUAGUGGACCAUGGCGACGUACACCACGUGAUAAUGAGAGUACUCCACCAUCAUAUGCUGAUUCGAAGGAUAGCCGGCGUAAUCGAAAUGAAGAUCAACGUCCAAGGGGUAAUGAUCGACGUUUAGAUGAACCAUCAUUAAAUAAAGGCUCAUCAAGUGAUUCAUGGAAAUCAAAACCAAGAUCCGAUCAACAAAAUCGUGAUGAUAGACGAGGAUUACCAUCAUCACAACAACAACAACAACAACAACAACAACAAUCAUCACCAUCAUCAUCAGAGCGAUGGACAGAACGAAAUUCUGAAGCAGGAGGCAAAUGGCAAACUGUGGAAAAGAAACGUCCUAAUCAAUCACGACCUGAUAAUGAUCGUCCAUCAAGUCAACGUUCAGGUGAAUCAUCGUCAUCCAGUGGACUUUGGAGAUCAAAAGCACGUACUACAGAUGAAACACGGGAUAAUCCUCGUGGUGGUGUCUCGAAUCCAUCUGAUAAUUGGCGACAAGUGAAUGAAAGUAGUAGUUGGCGCACACGAGAAAAACAACGUUUAAAUAGUUGGCGUGCCAAUGAAAGCGACGAGGAAAAUGAACGUUCUACAUCUGAUAAUCAACAUAUGGGCGGUAAUCGAGAAUAA